AAAGUUCCUUGGGCUGUUUGACUAAGGGAAGAUUUCAAGUGCUAAGGAGAUGAUGAUGAAUAGCAUAAAGACAAAUACCCUGGGACACUUAUUCAAGCAGUUGAAAACUGUCUGGAGCUCACCAGCAGCGCCAGCACGAAGCUGCAGCCUGGCCGCCUGCACUCCUAAAAACAGGAACGAUGCAUUGCAUCCGCUUUGGCAGAGCCCGCUUACGAUUCCCGGGGGCACUCGGCAGUCUCCGAUCAACAUCCAGUGGAGAGAUAGCGUCUAUGACCCCGUUCUGAAGCCUCUGAAAAUCAGCUACGACCCAGCAACGUGUCUUCACAUCUGGAACAACGGGUAUUCGUUCCUGGUGGAGUUCGAUGAUUCUGAUGAUAGAUCAAUCAUCGUCGGAGGUCCGUUGGAAAACCAGUACAGAUUAAAGCAGUUCCACUUCCACUGGGGAGCCAUCAACGAGUGGGGUUCAGAACACACAGUGGACAGUAAAUUCUACCCAGCAGAGCUGCAUUUAGUACACUGGAAUGCUGUGGUGUACCCAACUUUUGAAGAGGCUGUGAUGGAGGGUGAUGGCUUGGCUGUAAUUGGAGUGUUUUUAAAGCUUGGAGCACAUCAUGAAGGGCUGCAGACAUUGGUGGAUGCCUUGCCAGCAAUUAAACACAAGGACACCGUUAUUGAGUUUGAUGUCUUUGACCCCUCCUGCCUGAUACCUUCAUGCCCUGAUUACUGGACGUAUGCAGGCUCUCUGACUACUCCCCCUCUUACUGAGUCAGUCACGUGGAUUAUUAAGAAGCAGCCGAUAGAGGUCGAUGAGAAUCAGCUGGAGGCAUUUCGGAUGCUGCUCUUCACUUCAGAUGGUGAAGAAGAGAAGAGGAUGGUGGACAACUUUCGCCCUCUUCAGCCGUUAAUGAACAGAACCGUCCGCUCCUCCUUCCAGAGCAGGCAUCUCUUGGAUAUUGAAGCACAGCACUCGGACCAUGCUCAGCAGAUCAGGCCAUAGAUGGCCCAUGCAAUGUCCGUCCAGAUUGUAGUAACUGGGUUUUACUUUACUCUGUAAUGAUCUUUCCUUUUUUUUUUUGCAGGGUGUUUAUGCCGUGCGGUUUCACAGACAGCUAGUUACGGUUCUAAGAGUCAAUUGAGUUUCAGUAGAGAGGCUGUGUGUAUUUUAAUUUAAGGAAAUAACACAAACUCUUAACAAAUCCCUCACUCAAAAGCAGGGAUCAAUAAGGAAUAAUUUAGAAAGUUAAAGAAAAAGGAGGGCAGGAGAUCUCUUUUCCUGUUUCUGUCUUCUGAAUUGUUCUGCGUCUCUUCCAAACUGCUUCAGUGAUUUGCUUAAAUGAAUAGUCCCAACUAAAAACACACUAACAAGCAGGAGGUGUGAAGGAGUGAAGUCUGUUAAGGUCCUCUGUGGAAUUGCUUUGGAGGUUUGGGACUAGAACUGUCUCCUGCAGUCACGUGUACCGAGAUGUUUUAGCUUUGUCCCUUUUUCAGAACAGCAGCAAAGACUUGGUGUGAAGGGUGGUGAGAAGAAAAGGAAAAAAAUGCCUUGCCUGUGUGACCCAUGUUUGGUAAUGGAUGACACAGAAUGUCUGCCUUGUCUAUACCAUAAACCAGAAUACUUUCCAAAACCUUAUAGGGAGUGUAGAAUGGGAUUUGUGGACUAAUUUUGCUUUUGAAACCUAAUGGAAUGGUAGAUGAGUGUGGACAACAUGCAGUGGUCAGAUACUUGAAAGAUUUUUUUUUUUUCCUGCAACUUCUAGAGCACCAGUGCACUCUUCCCAAAGUUUUAUCUUAAGCUGAACUUCUGUUCUUGAGAGUUACCUACCCUCGUGGUUACUGGGGACCGUGUUUUUUAUAUAGCACCUUAUGGUAACAAAGACAAGUGGUGGCUGGAACUCAGUUGUGGACCAGACAGAAUUGUUUAAGCUACCAGUCGUGGGGCCUUAUACUGAAGUUAUGGUCCAAUUGCCAUGAACAAUGUCUACCUCUGAAGUAUGCUCCUAGCCAUGAUUUCCUGUAGUGCACCUUUCCCAGUGCCUUUUAAUGCUUUGCUGUAUUUAACAGUGUGCGUUCCAAUUCCAAGUGUUCACUUUAAAAGCACUUUAACCCUUUUUUUUUUUUAGAGUGACCCUGAUGAUUUUAAAGCUUUUGACUAUUUUUGUGUGACCAAUCAAAUUCCUGCCUUUGCUUCCUUAAUAGCUCUACCUCAGACUUCUGUUGCAUUUCAACAGUUGUGCCUUUCUCUGCUGGCAAUAUGGCUGCUUAAUAUUAGGGUGACUACAUGGUAAAUGCAAGAAAACCUCUCUUGGCUCCUGCUCCCUAUGUAGUCUAUAUACAUAUUUAGGUAAUGCCACUUCGUAUAUUCUGUAUCUUCAAUUUCAUUACCUUUCCCAAGCCCUUACAGCUCAGUUGAAUUAUACCAUGCAUGACUUUGGCUGUACCUGCCAGAUGGUUUUAUUAUGUUUCUGGUCUGCAGAGCCACUUCAGUGAUGGUUUUGCCAGAGAAUGGCAGGUUCUGAAUAGAAUUUGGGAAGGGAUGUGUGCAGGCCUGGCAGUAGGAGGAGAUUCCUUUUGCUUUGGACUUGAGUGCACUCAAUCUUUGUUGUUAAGCUGGAGGCUUUCAGUGCUGCUCUUGGAGAUUUUUCUUCUUCUGAGGGCCCUGUAGGAAGAUGGCAGCAAUUCAGAAUUGACUGUGUUGCACAUCUUGUUUGUCUGUGGGAUUUUUGCUUCCCAUCGUUAGCAAUUAGGAAAAACCCUGUAAUACAGAAACAUCAUAGUGUUGCCUUGACAUUUAAAAGUGCAGGUGAGUCAGCAGAACUAAGCUAGGUAGAGGCAUCCUGCAUCAACCAAAGUAUUUAAAACCACUGCUUUUAAAUAUGGAGGUGGAUAUGGUAGAGAGAACUGAAAUAGGCUCCGUGAGAUCAGGGAGAAGCCAGCUGCUUUACUGAUGGAGGAAAACUGUUAGGAUUACAGAGGGAACAACCUGGCUUAAUUUGGAUCAGUUUGAAUUACCAGCUGAAAAGAGGAAUGAAAAAUUAACCUGCUUCCAGUUGCAAGCCAAGACAGUAUCUCUGAAUUGCUGUAUAAGCUCUGAUUAGGAAAUCUUUUCUUGUGGGUAUUAAAGUUCUUUAAAACAAGCACACUCUCACUAUCAUAAGUGAACGGGCCUCUAGAAAAGCUUCAUGCAAUUGCUCGAAGUAUUUUAGUUGCCUUGGUAAUUUUCCCUAAGUUUUUGUGUACCUCUGAUCCACCGAGCUUGUUUCACUAACUCAUGGACCUUCCCCGGCGUAUGCAAAUACAAAAUACUCAUUUUGUUCUUAGGGAAUUACCGUGGUGUCAGUGUUCAAUCUUCAGAUGGUUUGUAAUGCUCUAGGAUGCUCACGUUCCACCGAGUUCUCAUGGGUGAGGUUUGCUCCGUUGAAGGAAAUUUCCUUCUUAUUUGUGUAAAUCUCUUUACCAUGCCAGCAUCACGCAGCUGUCUGAGAUGGGGGUGGAUAUUCUGUUUUCAGUGAACUAAGAUGCAAAAUUCUCAUAGAGGUUUACUCAUUUUGUUCAAGUAUUGCCGUGGAGGUUUUGUUGGCUAAUGGGCGUACAUAGAGUCACAUCGAAAUAUUCUGACAUAAGAUCUAUUUCAGCACUGAGUUUCAUAUAUUUGUGGAAACAGGGUCAGAAAAGGAAAAAAUAGACUGGAGAGUGCUAAAACAAACAAGCUUUCCAGGGCUUUGCUGUUACAGUUAUGCUGCUUCCAGGAUCCCCGUCGCAUUUCCAUGUUAGUGUUUUAGCAUCUCUGGUUCCCAUGGACGGUGCAGACUCCGGUUGAAAUUAACAGACUGGAAAUGAAAGUGGGUUUUUUUUGGUUUGUUUUCUAGUUUUUGUUGUAUUUUAUUGGGUUCUUAUCUAAUUUAGUUAGUGUUUGUAAUGACUUUGCACAACUGCAUUGGAAAGGUGUCUGCGUAGGAGUGUUUAGGCUCUUUUAGUCGGUACAAUGGAGGAGGGUCAAAACAGACCAGGGUGUUUAUCCUUGCAUAUUAUCACUUCUGUUACUUAAUACUGCUCUGGGAGACGUUCCUGUGGCAGCCAGUGCUGUGAAUGAAAGGCUGUAGUGGAAAUCAUUGUGAGGAUGGCUUAUUGAAGGGAGAGUAGAAGUUCUCAAGUGCCUACUUCAAUAUUUGUCAUGUGCCUAAUGAUAAUUUACUGAAAUAACCGUGUCUUUGUGGACAACAUAUGUAAUGAGAAGUGCCUUUUGUACCCAUGGGAUACAGACCUUUCUUUUUAGUUUUGAUGUAAAGAAACUUCUAGCUACUGCAUUUUUAAGCUGUUAAACGAGUGUACAACUAUGCAAUAAAAAAAAGCACAGGAA